AAUUCACCAGAAUUUGUUUGUCCUGGAAAACGGAUACCUGGCUUUGGUUAAGAAUCUUUCUUACAGACAUGAUCAUCUACCAGGGACAGUACAAGAAAGCCAUUAGCAGUCUACAUCACUUGGCAGCUCUUCAGGGCUCUCAUCCGCCACAGCAAAUUACAGGACAAGGCUCACUGGAAAAUCAGAGAGCGCUAAUCCAGUUAGCGACGUGUCACUUCGCCCUUGGAGAAUAUAGGCAAACAUGCGAAAAAGUGCUUGACCUCAUGUGCUAUAUUUUACUUCCAAUACAAGAAGGAGGUAAAGUCCAAGAGGAGCAACCUAAAGUGAAGUCUAAAUUCAGGAAAGGGUCUGAUUUGAAGCUCUGGCCAUGUACGAGUAGAGCUAUCAUGCCCUAUUGCCUUCAUCUGUUACUAGCUUGUUUCAAGCUCCGAGCUUUCACGGACAGCAGAGAUGAUAUGGCAUUGGGCCACGUUGUGGUUUUGCUUCAGCAUGAAUGGCCGAGAGGUGAGAACCUGUUCCUGAAAGCCAUCAACAAAAUCUGCCAGCAAGGAAACUUCCAGUAUGAGAAUUUCUUCAACUAUGUUACAAAUAUUGAUAUGCUGGAGGAAUUUGCUUAUUUAAGAACACAGGAAGGAGGGAAAAUUCAUCUGGAAUUGUUGCCAAAUCAAGCAAUGUUGAUCAAGCAUCAUACGGUUACCCGGGGCAUAACGAAAGGAGUGAAAGAAGAUUUCCGCCUGGCCAUGGAGCGCCAGGUCGCCCGCUGUGGGGAAAACCUCAUGGUGGUUUUGCACCGCUUCUGCAUUAACGAGAAAAUACUGCUGCUUCAGACCCUGGCUUGAAGGGGCUGGACCUCGAGGCACUGUCACUUCGGGAGGG